UUUGACAACAUGGCGCACUAUCCUUGAGAAAAGUUUCUAUAGAACUCCAAAAAAUACUAUUGACGUAAUAUUUUUACAGUUUUUCGACUACCCGACAACCUUCGGAAACAAUUGGAAGACGCAUUGAAGAAUACACUGGCAUUGUAUUUAGUGACUUUUAUCAUGGGAUCAUAGAAGCCUGCUGCAGAAGACAAGUAGCCUACAAACACACAGGAUGGAGAAGCAAGCAACUUUUAAGGAAAAGUUUUCGAUCUUCGGCUCCCGGACAUUUGGCAGUGCGGCACGGCUUGUGGGUGAAGAGGAAGGGGGCCGAUGUGGCCUCAGCAAGGCAGAGUUCAUGGAGAGAGUUCAGCAGAGCAACGAGGCGUGCCAACGCGGUGACUUCCAGGCUGCCUUGAGUCUCUAUGGUGACGCCCUGCGAGCCGACCCACAGAACUGCAUCCUCUACAGCAACCGCUCAGCAGCCUUUCACAAACUGGGAUGCUACCAGGCUGCCCUGGACGACGCUGUCAAGGCCCGUCUACUCAACCCCAAGUGGCCCAAGGUGAGUCUGUCUGAACCACCCACUGCAUCUUAACCUCAAACAUGGGACAAGAGGACAUAUGAGAACAGAAACACAGCUAAAUUCACUCCAAAACAGAACAGUGCAUGGUUUUGUAUUACACAUGUACUGUUUAUGGGUUUUAAGAUCUGCACAUGAACUGAAGAUUUAUGGGAGACUAGUGCAAGUCUGAGUUACAUGAAUGGAUGUCCACUUGGUAUUAGGACCUAUGUGCAAUAGCUUGCUGAAUAAUUAAUUUGCUUUUCUCGUUUUGA